UUGACAGUUUAGAGCUACGUUUUUCUUGUUUCAUCAAGGCAUGCACGCCAUAAUCCAAGCAACACCUUUCUAUAUUUGUGAUUAAGAAAUUAGAGGUUCCACCAAAUUUUGUGGGUGUCUGAAAGAGCAACCACACAUUCCGGUGCUAAAACUAGAGGCCGGUUUCCACUGCCUCUCAAGUAUUGUCGCCUCACCCACCAUAUAACACCUUCCCUUCUUCAACUCCCCCUUAGCCUUCCUAUAAGCAGCCUCGGGCCUACCAAGGUAGUCAGUAAUGGCUAACCCUCUAACGAAACAGGCCUUGGGCUGCUUUCUCUUCUUCUCCUCUUUCAUCUUCUCUUCUUUGUCAACCUUCUCUUUUGCUUUGUCAGAUGCUGAAGCAUCCCUAAUUGCACGCCGCCAGCUCUUGACGCUCCGGGAGAAGGAUGAUCUUCCCCACGACUUUGAUUUUGAGAUCGGCCUUAGCGUGACUUUCGCCAAUGAAAGGCUCCGAAAAGCUUAUAUUGCGCUUCGAGCAUUGAAACAUGCUAUCUAUUCUGACCCUUUGAACACCACCGGCAAUUGGGCAGGCGCCAAUGUGUGUGCUUAUAAUGGGGUGUUUUGCGCUCCAGCCCUUGACGAUCCUAAAUUGAGCGUUGUCGCUGGUGUUGAUCUUAACCAUGCUGACAUUGCUGGAUACCUUCCUGCUGAGAUGGGGCUUUUGACCGAUGUUGCACUUUUCCACAUCAACUCUAACAGGUUUUGUGGAAUCAUCCCAAAGACCAUGUCAAAGCUCAAACUUAUGUUUGAGUUUGAUGCCAGCAAUAACCGCUUCGUUGGUUCGUUCCCAAGAGUCGUCCUCACAUGGGACAACCUUAAGUACUUGGAUUUGAGGUACAAUGAUUUUGAAGGGGAAUUGCCUCCAGAACUGUUUGAGAAGGAACUUGAUGCGGUGUUCUUGAACAACAACCGGUUCAAAUCCACCAUCCCCGACACAAUAGGCAAAUCCACAGCUUCUGUUGUGACCUUCGCAAACAAUGACUUCUCCGGUUGCAUCCCACAUACCAUUGGCAACAUGAGCAACACCUUGAAUGAGAUCCUUUUUGUUGGCAACAACCUUAGCGGUUGCUUCCCACCAGAAAUUGGAUCGCUUGGCAGCCUAACAGUGUUUGAUGCCAGCUCUAAUGGGUUCGUUGGGUUCUUGCCUAAGAGCUUUUCAGGGCUACAGAAGAUUGAGGAAUUGGACAUUUCACACAACAAGCUAACUGGAUUUGUGCCUGAGAAUGUUUGCAAAUUGCCUAGCUUGGUGAACUUCACCUUCUCUUAUAACUACUUCAAUGGGGAGGCUCAAUCAUGUGUGCCAUCUCCAAGGGUGCUCAAGGUGUUGGAUGACACAAGCAAUUGUCUGCCCGGUAGGCCGAAGCAAAAGUCGACCAGGCAAUGCUUCCCGGUGGUGAGUCGACCUGUGGAUUGCAGCAAGAAUUGUGGUAGCUCCUCUUCAAGUGAUCCACCGAAGACACCGCCUCCAACUCCAACUCCAACUCCAAGGCCGCAGCCCCAGCCAUCUCCUUCUCCAGCAAUGCCUACUCCACCACAGCCAAUGCCAGAGCCCCCGCAGUCCCAUCCAUCUCCUUCUCCAACAGUGCCUACACCAUCGCCGCCUAAGUCUACUCCCCCACAACCAAUGCCGGAGCCCCCGCAGUCCCAACCAUCUCCUUCUCCGACAGUGCCUACUCCAUCGCCGCCUAAGUCUACUCCACCACAGCCAAUGCCGGAGCCCCCGAUGUCAGAUCCUCCAUCACCGAUGGCAACCCCACCAAUUGCUGAAGCCCCUACGCCCGAGACUUCCACUCCUUCAAGUCCUCCUAAAUCGUCUGCGCCAUCUCCGGCUCCACAACCGUUUGAUGUUCCUGAGCCUUCUCUAGCACCCAUACCCGAUGACCCAUGGGGUAGAUCACCUAUUGGAAUGGCUCACCCACCUCCACCGCCGCGUCACAUUGUUCCACCAUCACCACCACCAGUUACGCCAUCUCCUAAGCCAUCUCCUAAGCCACCCAUGUCACCACCACCCCCAGUUCACUCUCCUCCACCUCCAGUUCGUUCACCACCACCACCGACGCCAGUCCACUCCCCACCACCUCCAGUCCACUCUCCUCCACCACAUGUCCACUCCCCACCACCACCAGUCCACUCUCCUCCACCACUUGUCCAUUCCCCUCCACCACCUGUCCACUCUCCUCCUCCACCUGUCCACUCCCCACCACCACAAGUACACUCUCCUCCACCACAUGUCCACUCCCCACCACCACCUGUCCACUCCCCACCACCAUAUGUCUUCUCCCCACCACCAUCAGUUCACUCUCCUCCACCACCUGGCCACUCCCCACCACCACCAGUCCACUCUCCACCACCACAUGUCUUCUCCCCACCACCAUCAGUCCACUCUCCUCCACCACCUGGCCACUCCCCACCACCACCAGUCCACUCUCCACCACAUGUCCACUCCCCACCACCACCACCAGCCCACUCCCCACCACCACCAGUCCACUCUCCUCCACCACCUGUCCACUCCCCACCACCACCAGUCCACUUUCCUCCACCACCUGUCCACUCCCCACCACCACCAAUCCACUCUCCUCCACCACCUGUCCACUCUCCUCCACCACCGGUUCACUCUCCUCCACCACCAGUCCACUCCCCACCCCCUCCUGUCCACUCCCCACCACCUCCUGUUCACUCUCCACCACCACAACCAAUCCACUCUCCACCGCCACCACCUGUCCAAUCACCACCACCACCAGUCCACUCUCCACCACCACCACCAAGUGCUUCUCCUCCUCCUCCUCCUUCUCCUUCUGACAUCGCCCUCCCGCCAACCUUUGGGUUCCAGUACAAAUCACCUCCUCCACCAAUAUUCCCAGGCUACUGAUGAGUAACAUAAUACCAUUAACACCUUUACCUUGUUUUGCAUUUCGUUUAUAGUUUCAGAACGCCACAUACACUCACUUUAUAAGCUGAGCUUCUC